UUGACACGACAUACGGUACGGACGCCAUUUUGUUUGAUUCAUUUCUUACUUUUUUGCCAGCGCGUUUGCUGAGUUUACCUUUUAGCGUGGGUUUAAUUUAGUGACAUUCGUGGUGAUUUUAAGUAAUUGUAAUAUAUUUUGUUGCUGUUUGUGGUUUCCUGUACAUUCUUCAAGAUAGCGGAAGAAACUAAAAUGCCGGGCGCCGGUACUUUCAAAAUCUUCGUCGGGAAUCUUUCCGAUAAAACGACGGACGCCGAUCUUAGACCGCUGUUCGAAAAAUACGGUACAGUCGUAGAAUGCGAUAUUGUGAGAAAUUACGGUUUCGUCCACAUGGAAAAUGAACAAGUCGGUCGCGAAGCAAUUCAGAACUUAAACGGAGAGAUGGUUCAUGGUCAAGCUAUUAAAAUAGAAGCUGCGAAGAGUAGAAAGGCGCCGUCGACGCCGACCACAAAAAUAUUCGUCGGUAACCUCACAGACAAGACGCGCGCGCCCGAAGUCCGCGAGCUAUUUCAGAAGUAUGGCACGGUCGUCGAAUGCGAUAUUGUUCGUAACUAUGGAUUCGUGCAUCUGGACGCGACGGGUGACGUGAACGAAGCUAUCAAAGAGCUGAACGGUAUGGUGGUGGACGGGCAGCCCAUGAAGGUGCAGAUCUCUACGAGCCGUGUCCGGCAGCGGCCGGGCAUGGGCGACCCCGAGCAGUGCUACCGCUGCGGUCGCGGUGGACACUGGUCCAAGGAGUGCCCCAAGGCGAUGGGCCCCGACCGAAACGGUUUCCGCGAUCGGGCGUUCGGCCGCGACCCCUACCCCCCGCCGCCGCCGCCGCCGUUUCUCCGCGAUCGCAUGAUGGGAGGAUUUGGGGAUCCUUAUGAUGGAUACUACGACCGUGCCCGUUUCGACUCUCCCCGUGAGAUGUUUGAGCGCCGUUACCCAGUGGGUGGAUCCCGGGGGCUAGACAUGGGCGCGUCCCGAGGCGCUCGCGGGGACUUCGCGUCGCCGCCGCUGCGCCGCGAGCCGAUGCCGCCGAUGCCGAGCCUGCCUCCCAUGCGCAGCAGUAUGGGCGCCAUGAGGUCGUCGUAUGAUGCUAUGUUCAGCCGCCGGAGCCCCCCGCGCGGACCUCAGAUGUCCCGCGGCAUGUACGAAGACUUCAGCCGUGAUACAUUUGAUGACAGAAGGCCUGGGAUGCGCGGACCGUCGCCGUCUCGAAGAUACGCUCCGUACUAAGAACGAUUGAAGAAAAGAUUAUCUUUUCCGAUUCGUAAUUAAAUAUAGUACCUAUUUCUUGACUGUCCGAAAAUCAAUUUAUAUGACUAUUUUGUUAAAGUGGAGUGGAAUGACUGAAAAACAGAUUCUAGUUUUUAGUGUGAUUCGAAUGAAUGAUGGAUUUUAUCGUGAAGGAAUGUAAAUAAGUGAAUAAAUCUCAUUUUAAGUACA